ACUUCCAUUAAUAUUCUCAGAAAUUUCACCCAUUGACGAAUUAAACCACUAUUUCGUCUUCUUCUUGAUAUUUUAUCUUUAUAGUUUAUACAACCAGUUUGAUUGCAAUGCAUCAUGCAUCAUGCUCUGAUAAUCUAAAUCAGCCAAAUUUAAAAACAAAACAACACUUCUUCCAUUUCUAAGCUUGACAGCAUAUCAAAAGGUGUGAAAUAUCUAUUCAAGAACAACUGCAAACUGUGUGUAAAUGAGCAACCUAAAGCUAGGAGUUGAGGUCCAUAGCGCCCAUGGGCUUAUGGCGAAAGACGGGCAGGGUUCGGCUAGCCCGUUUGUCGAGCUUCAGUUUGAUCGCCAAAAGUUCCGAACCACUGUCAAAGAAAAGGAUCUCAACCCGUAUUGGAAUGAAACUUUUUAUUUCAAUAUUUCUGACCCGAAUAACCUGUCGAACCUUACGCUUGACGCGUUUGUGUACAACAGAACUGAAGGGAAUGACUCGAAGUCGUUCAUGGGUAAGGUUCAUAUCAAUGGAACAUCGUUUGUCGUGUACUCGGAUGCUGUUGUUUUUCAUUACCCGUUGGAGAAACGAAGCAUUUUUUCACAUGUGAAAGGCGAGUUGGGCCUUAAAGUGUUCAUCACGGAUAACCCGAUAGUUGGAUCCUCGGAUCCAUUUCCGAGGAUGGAUACUCCUUCCUCAGAUGCAUUUCCUCAAAUGAAUUCUUCCCGUAGUCGAAAAAAGUCGAAAGAUUCUCGAAAAACGUUUCAUCAUUUGCCAAACUCGAACUUUGUCCAGCAGCCUCAGUUUCCUCCACAGCAGCCGUAUGUGGCGGCUAUGAACCCACCACAAGGCCCGCAACAACCGCCUGCAUAUGAAGUUGAGAACAUGAGAAACCGAGUUCAAAGUCAAAGUCAAAGUCAAUAUCGAAGUCAACCAAAUAUUGUCCGGAUGUACUCCGGAUCUUCAUCACAACCUAUGGAGUAUGCUAUCAAAGAAACAAGCCCGAAUCUUGGAGGUGGUCAGGUGAUCCGGGGUCGGGUUGUGAGCGGUCGAAAUCAACGGGCCAGCACUCAUGACCUUGUUGAACCGAUGCAGUACCUAUUCGUUAGGGUCGUGAAAGCACAAGACCUCCCGCGUAUGGACCUCACAGGAAGUCUCGACCCGUAUGUUGAAGUGCGGGUCGGGAACUAUAAAGGAAUCACACCACACUUUUCAAAAACAUCUAGCCCGGAAUGGAACACGGUUUUCGCGUUCUCUCGAGAAAGAAUGCAAACGACGAUAUUAGACAUCGUGGUUAAAGAUAAAGACGUGAUCAAAGACGACUUUGUUGGGAUUGUUCGUGUGAAUCUUCACGAUGUUCCAAAACGGGUCCCACCCGAUAGCCCGUUAGCUCCAGAAUGGUACCGGCUAGAGAGCGAAAAGGGUGACAAGACGAAAGGUGAACUCAUGCUUGCGGUUUGGAUCGGGACACAAGCCGAUGAAGCCUUUCCUGAUGCUUUCCUUGUAGACCAAGCAACGAGUAGUGUCGAUAGCUCGCUUAUUUCGAGCUACACUCGAUCAAAAGUCUACCAUUCACCUAGACUUUGGUACGUUCGUGUUAAUGUUAUUGAGGUACAAGAUCUCGUUUGGGCUGAAAAAAACCGAUUCCCGAAUGUAUAUGUGAAAGCACAGAUUAGUAACCACGUAUCGAGAACAAGACCGGUUACCGCACGAAAUGCAAAUGCAUUAUGGAAUGAAGAUCUGAUGUUUGUAGCUGCUGAGCCGUUUGAAGAUCAUCUGAUACUUACUAUUGAAGACCGAAUCGGGACCAAUAAAGAAGAGACAUUAGGGAAGGUGUUUAUACCAUUAAAUAGUGUCGAUAGACGGGCCGACGAUCGGCCCAUUAUUCCCCGAUGGGUCAUGCUUCAAGACCCGAGUGAUAAAGAUGUUGAUGAGAAGAUGAAGAAGAGCGAUAAAUUUGCUACUCGGCUCCAACUUCGGGUUUGUCUUGAUGGUGGGUAUCACGUGCUCGAUGAGUCGACUCAGUACAGUAGCGAUCUCCGACCGUCAGCAAAACAGCUGUGGAAGCCAUCGGUCGGGAUAUUGGAACUCGGUAUCUUAAAUGCUAGUGCUCUACAUCCUAUGAAAACCCGAGAAGGUGCGGGAGUGACAGAUGCAUAUUGUGUCGCUAAAUACGGUCACAAAUGGGUUCGAACAAGAACCGUUAUUAACAGUUUGGCUCCAAGAUUCAACGAGCAGUACACUUGGGAAGUUUACGACCCGGCAACAGUUCUAAGCGUCGGUGUUUUUGAUAACUCUCAGCUCGAGAAAGACUCCGAUUUGCAAGAUAUGAGAAUCGGAAAAAUCCGAAUCAGAAUCUCGACACUUGAAACGGGUCGGGUUUAUACACAUUCAUACCCGUUAUUGGUUCUUCACCCGUCGGGUGUUAAGAAAAUGGGCGAACUACAUUUGGCGAUACGUUUUUCCAGUGCUUCAAUGCUGAAUAUGAUGUAUAUGUACUCGAAACCCCUCCUACCGAAAAUGCAUUACGUGAGGCCCUUAUCGGUGGUUCAGCUAGACAUGCUCCGCCACCAGGCGGUUGUGACCGUUGCAGCUCGACUCAGUCGAGCCGAACCGCCGCUAAGGAAAGAAAUAGUUGAGUAUAUGACUGAUGCAAAAUCGCAUCUAUGGAGUAUGAGACGAACUAAGGCUAAUUACUACAGGCUAAUUUCGGUUUUCAGCGGGGUUUUGGCGGUGAGUAAAUGGUUUCGGGAAGUUUGUUUAUGGAAAAAUCCCAUUACAACCGUGCUUGUUCAUAUCCUGCUCGUGAUGCUCGUGUCUUUACCGGAACUUAUUCUGCCAACGGCUUUUAUCUACAUGUUCUUUAUCGGACUCUGGAACUACUGGUUUAGACCACAGUACCCUCCUCAUAUGAACAUCCGAUUAUCACACGCUGAUGCAGUUCAACCCGAUGAGUUGGACGAGGAAUUCGACUUGUUACCGUCAUCUCGGAGCCCAGAUAUUGUUCGGCACCGGUAUGACCGGUUACGAAGUCUUGCCGGUCGAAUCCAGUCGAUGCUUGGCGAUAUAGCAAGCCAAGGCGAACGGCUACAGGGACUUCUCAGCUGGCGGGACCCACGUGCUACACUUAUAUUCAUGGUGUUCUGUCUUGUGGCUGCGUUUGUGGUAUACGCUACGCCUUUUCAGGUGCUCGUGGCACUGACUGGAUUUUAUGUCAUGAGACAUCCAAGGUUCCGGAAUAGGUAUCCCUCUGCGUCAUUUAACUUCUUUCGAAGGCUUCCAGCGCGUGCAGACAUCAUGUUGUGAGUCGGCUAAGGCGGGUUUUUUUCACAAGAUUUCUCUUUGCUUCUGUUUGAAUUAUCAUAUUUGCAU